UGAAGAUCCGUGAAGUGAUGAUCAACGUGUCGCGUCAGCAGGUGGAGGACUUUCACGGCCCGGAGGAUUACUGGUGUCUGUGCGUCGCCUGGAGCCACCUGGGCACCUCCAAGAGCCGCAAGGCGAGCGUCCGGAUCGCCUACCUGAGAAAGAACUUUGAGCAGGACCCCCAGGGCACCGAGGUGCCUCUGAACGGCAUGAUUGUUCUGCACUGUCGUCCCCCAGAGGGAGUGCCGGUGGCUGAGGUGGAAUGGCUGAAAAACGAGGAGCCCCUGAGUGUCGGUGACGAUGGUGUGAUCAGCCAAAGAGGGGACCACGAUCUAAUCAUCUCGGAGGCCCGUCUCUCCGACUCGGGGAACUACACCUGUGUUGCCAGCAACAUUGUGGCCAAGAGACGGAGUGCCACGGCAAUGAUUGUAGUCUACGUAAACGGAGGCUGGUCGUCCUGGACCGACUGGUCGGCCUGUAACGUGCGCUGUGGGCGGGGCGUGCAGAAACGAUCGCGGACCUGCACGAAUCCAGCUCCUCUCAACGGCGGCGCCUUCUGCGAGGGCAUGUCAGUGCAGAAGAGCAUGUGCAACACGGUGUGUCCAGUGGAUGGAGGCUGGGGGGAGUGGAGCGAGUGGUCUGUGUGUAGUUCAGACUGUGACAGGCAGCGCAGCAGAGAGUGCACAGCUCCUGAGCCCAAGCAUGGAGGACGACUCUGCGAUGGCGUGGCUUUGGCUGCGGAAAACUGCACGGGCGGCCUCUGCACGCAGAAUCGGAAGUUGCUCCAUGAUGCAAAGCCACAGGGAGUGGAAAAAACCAGUGAUGUGGCCCUGUACUCAGGCUUGGCUGCAGGGGUGGUGACCGUGGUGCUGCUGAUCAUCGCUGUCACUCUGUAUCGGCGGAGCCAAAGUGAGUACGGGGUUGAUGUCAUUGACUCCUCUGCCCUCACUGGGGGCUUCCAGUCUUUCAGCUUCAAGACUUCUCGUCAAGCCAACCCCCUGCUCAUUAAUUCAUCCAUGCAGCCUGAUCUGACAGUGUCGCGUACGUAUACCAGCCCCAUAUGUUUCCAGGACUCAAUCGACAAGGAGCUGAUGGCCGAGCAUUCACUCCUCAACCCGCUGCCUGAUCUUAAGACAAAAGGGGCGACAGAAAGGGCAGAGUACCACGUCAUGUCCCACCCUCAGACAUUUCCACGGGGCUUGGCUCCCGACUACAGAGGGGUCGCGGUUGGGACGACGCUGGGCAGGAGAGGCAAAAACCUUUUCACUCCACGGGUCUUUCAGACGCUCAGCAGGCCUCUGCACAAAGCAACGGCAGUGUUUGGCCACGCUGGAGGCAGGCUGGUGGUACCCAACACAGGUAUCAGUCUGUUGGUGCCUCACGGGGGGAUCGCAGAAGACACUACCUGGGAAAUGUACAUGAGCAUCGACCAGGAGGACAGCAGCACUGUGCCUGAGGACGGAGCCGAGAUCUUUUUGAGUCCUACAGUCACGUAUGGUCCGCCAGGCCUCGACCUGUCCUCUCCGAUAGCCAUGACCAUAGCACACUGUGCAGAGGUCGCUGCAGAUAACUGGACCAUCAGGUUGAAGAGACACAUCCAGGACAACAAGUGGGAGGAAGUGAUGUCAGUGGACGAGGAGAGCACUUCCUGCUACUGUCUGCUGGAGGCCCAGAGGUGCCAUUUGCUGCUGGAGCAGCCGGGUCGUUACGCGCUGGUGGGGGAGGCACUGAACCAGGAGGCUGCCAAGCGACUGAGGCUCGCCGUCUUUGGCAGUCCAGAUCCAAGCAACUCCCUCGGCUUCACCCUCAGGGUGUACAGCGUGGACGACACCCCCUACGCUUUUCAGGAGGUGGUCGUGGGGGAGCGCAGGAGGGGUGGAAGGCUCCUCGAAGAACCUAAAAUGAUGCUGUUUAAAGGGAACACUUUCAGCCUCCAGGUGUCCAUCCAGGACGUCCCACGGUUACUCUGGAGCAUCAAGCCUUUUACCACCUGCCAGGAGUUCUCCUUUUCUCAGGUGUGGGCCAGUAACCGGUGUCCCCUGCAGUGUGCCUUCUCUUUGGAGCGAUACAGCCUCUCCACGUCGCAGCUGUCCUGCAAGAUCAGCGUGCGGCAGGUCACGGGCGACGAGCAGAUACUCCAGAUCUACACGUCUGUUGUGGAGAAUGAAAAAGGAGUGGCCCCCUUUUUCACUCAGUCCGACUGCACCAUCACCUCUCAGACAGGGUCAAAGGCCUUCAAAAUCCCCCCGUCCAUCCGCCAGCGGAUCAGCGCCACCUUUGACACGGCUAAUGCCAACGGGAAGGACUGGCAGCUGCUGGCCCAGAAGCUCCACAUAGACAGGAACUUGGGCUACUUUGCAUGCCAGGAGAGUCCAUCCUCAGUGAUUCUGAGCCUGUGGGAAGCCCAGCACCAGGACGCCGCGGACCUGGACUCACUGGCCAGUGCCCUUGAGGAAAUUGGAAAGGUCCAGUCCCCCAGGGAAGUCGCCACUCUUGGCUGCAGUAAAGAAGACUCUGAACUGACAAGACUUGGGUAGGGAGACUCUGCCGCAGACCAAGUCAUGACAUUUCUCUACUGCAUGAGCGCCGAUGAUCAGGUGUGCUGACUUACCCGCUGAGAGGAGGAGACUGUUACUAAAGGAGCACCUCUGCCCAAACCAAAUGGUCCAUACAGACACAACAGAGUCAAGAACCGAUCAAGACAUCAGUAUUUGUGAUAUAAGAGGCACUAAUGUGUUUUGAGAAAGGUUAUCAGUGAGGUCCUAAACCAUCUGGUGUUGGGAAAUGUCCACAAAAGCUCUGAAGCUCAACUAAGUCAUUCAUAGUCAGCAACGUUAGGUGUCUGCCUGAAGAACUUCCUGUAAGUAGGGCGGAGUAGGUUUCAAACACGCCCUCCCAGAACCAGAUGUGAUAAAGUAAUCAAAGUGGCCAGUACAACAAUGUGCUUACAGUAUUUUCUCAUUCAUUUUAUAGAUUUCUAAUGAAACUUAUUUUCUUCAUUGUAUAUUUAAUGGAUCUGUAGUUUGAUUUAAAAAAGGGGAGAAAAAAAAUAGAUGCAGAGUUUCUUUUUUGUCUCCAUUCCAUAAGGUCAGAGACACUAAGAGUGAUUAGUACCUGAAAGGACACACGUCCACAUGCUGAGAAGAUAAUGGAGGGAUGAAUCACAAUGAUAGCUGUAAUUUCGAGAAUCAGCCACAAGCAUACAGGAACAUUUUCAGCCCUGGCAGAAAGGGAAAAAUAUCAAAGCAGAGACUGCAGAGGAGGAACGGGCCGAUCUGUGCCUCAUCUGGAAAUCCAGCCAGAGGUGACCCACAUCCCCCCGAGCUCAAGCAAUCAGUGUCUGGUUAAUUUCGAGGUAAUUUAAUGUGUGACAUGUGACUUCAUUGCAAAGCCUUCAUAUUUCUGGCAACGGUCAAGUGGUGCGUAUUUCCAAGUCCCCCGGGGGGCUUUUUUUUUUUUUCCUCCUGUAUGUUGAAUUCAGCUUUGGACUUUUGAUGUGUGGCCUGAGUGGAGCAGCUUCUGAAGUUUUGUCAAAUAUUUGCCCAUCAUCAACUUCAUCAGCAACAACCCGGUUCUUCUGUUGACUCAGCAAAACCAUCGCCCACAAUAAAACUGCAUCUUGAUUUAAAAAAAAAAAAAAAAAGAAAGGUCCCCACAGUCAGUGGCUAAACGUGGCCCUAAGCUUAAUAAAGUGACUUUGUGUUGAACUCGGUGUUGGGACUCCCUUUCCAUCUGUUUAAUUAAUUUACCUUUGAAAGACCAGGCAGCCCGCAUUGAAUCUUGUGGGACUUUGAAAACUCUGUUCAAAUAAAAGAUGAAGCAGAGAGCUCCACGAAGUCCAAUGAUGUUUCACAAAAUGGGUGUAUGGGUACAUGAUGAAAGAAAGAAAGACCUAGAUACAGCACCAUCCACAGUUGGUUAAACAUGUGUAAAAAGCCUUUGAUUUUCAGUGCCGUAGUCUGAUGGUAAGGAUGUAAUUUGAAUCCCUAUAUUGAGGAUAAAACCGAUGUUAAGAAAUAACAGUUUGUUGUUCAUCUCACAAAAUCAAUAUGUAGACAACCAUGCUGUCAGUACUUUGUUCAUGCGUCUUUUCGCCAAAGGACAACACCCGGUCCCCUUCUAUAAUAUUUCACAUGGUUAGACAGUAGACAGAGAGGGAUCUUUUACCGUUCCUCAUGGAAAAUCUCUCUAGACUGUACAGACUCAUGGGUUUCCUCCACCUGAAGGGUUUCUGAAAGAUUUUGGUCUGGGAACUGAGAUGGUCAUAGAAGAUGUUUGAUUUUAUGUCUUGAUAGGCAUUUAUGUGUUGACUUAGCCAUAUGCAUUAUCAUGAUAUGCAUAUCCUCUUGAAUGACCGAAUAAGGACUCACCUUUUAGUUUUCCUGCACCUGGUUUUUAGUUAAUAUCUCAUUAUUCAGAAUUCAUAGUGCCAUAGUACAUCCUACCAGGCUUCCCAGAGACUUUUGAAAAGAUCCUCCACGGUAAUUAGUAAUGGGAAUGAGGUGCUUAUCCACACUGAAGCUUUGUUUUUUACAGGAUCCACCUAGGAUAUUAAAAGCAGAAAAGCUCAAGUGGAAACUGACUGACCAAACAUGGUUUCCAGUCAAAGUCCCAGCGCAGUGGAUCAAACGUGGGUUUAUGCUUGUGAUGGUAGGCCCGAAACCGUUUUUUCUAUCUUGCCUUUCAAAAACUGCUUGCCAGAUUUUGUCUAGCUGCUGUUGUGUAAGACUCAGCAAGACUCUUGCUGAGCUGGAGAGCUGCUGCAUCCUAGAUGCUCAAAGAAGCGUUUUUGCAGACCCUUCCUCCCAGCAGCUGUUAGACUUUCCAUGUAUCAUUGCUCCCAACAGACUUAAAUGUUUAUCAUCUGCUAUUUUUAGCACAGUCUUUUUCAUUUCUGUAAAUAGUCUGUUGGAGUUUUUAAUGCAUAAAUGUACAUAAACAUUUUGCUAAGUUUCUUAAAAUCACCCCACUUCAGCUCCAUGCUUCUUAAAUUUUUUUGAUAAUGCUAUGUAUUAAUAACUGUACAGUAUUUUUGUUUUGUGUUGCACAUAUCUGUAUCUUUCUAGUAAUUUAGCAUAUUUUCUUUAGUCAUUAACUACUGCAGCAGGUAUGUUGCUAUGGGUUUCUCCUUUUUCUGCUCCAAAUGUCAGCUAUAGUCAGUCAGUUAUGGCUCCACCAUAACCUGUGUUAUUAUUAGCCACAUUAGCCUCUAUUCAAAACUUCCCAGAGUGACUAAAUGUUUUGGUCAGGUGAGGCUGCAGGGAGGGAAGGGGCUGGGUCUCCGCUAUCGCAGCGCUGCUCCCGCGAAAUGUACGAAAAUGUAGGCAAAUGUGAAACACCACAGUUGUUUUUAUUUUCUAACAAAGGUUAGAAGUAUUGACAGUUAUGGCACUGGGGAUUUCUUUUAACAUGGCAUUAUUUUACUUCACUGAAUAAAUGUCCUUAAGGGUUGAAUUUUUUUAAAGACUUUUAUGUGAGCUUUUGCUACUUCAAUGGAAGAUUAAUCUCAGGCUUUUUAUCCAUCUUUACCAGGGAUGCCAAUGGGUAUCGAGGGUCAAGAACUGUGGAGAGGGCUGUAUGUUGGAGGAAACUGUCCUCACUAAAAUUGACUUGAAUAUUUGGACAAGUAUAUAAGCAGUCACGUUUUUUUUUUUAAAAAAAGCUCUUAAAUCCCCUGAUAAGGUCAAAUCUCGCAGCUUUCAAAACAUAACUAACACUCAUAGAUUCAAUAAAGAUGCUGCCCUUUCUAUUUAACGAUACUCAAAUUUGGUUAGUAGUUUAGUUGCUUGUUUAUCUAUUUCGGGAUUCAUUUUUGUGAAAAGACAAACAACUCUUAUAUAGGGCUAACGACCUACCAGUCAUUUAACCUCAAACCUGGAAAGUAGGAAACAUUGUGAGUCAUUCAGAUUUUUAAAAGACCCCAAGAUCUCCCUAUAAGACUCUCUGUAUAAAAACACAGGUAACACAGCAACAGCGUAAGACCUUGGAUUGCAUUUCAAAUAGCAAGUUAUGAACAGGACCAAUUCCUGGACAGAAUUUGUCACGGUUUGUAAUCCCAGAAAUAAAGAAGGAAGCAGAUUGAUGCGGUUCUUCUGGCUCAGCGGCAGGAAAUUCUUGCUGAUGUUUGCAUUUAUGGAAAUAUUCAAUCACACAAGUGUGCAUUUCAUUCAGCAGCUGCUGAGAAGUGUUUUCAGCCAGGACUGUUUGAUGAAAACGAUGGAAACCUGCAGUUCUCUCCACGCCAUGGUCAGGUGAACACUAAAGAACUCUA